AUGAUCGUGAUAGAAGAGCGGGAGUGGCAGCUUCUGCAACAAGAAGAGAAGGCCGCUGCUCAACGAGAUGAUGUGAAAGAAGCCCAGGAAACUAGAGCUACAAAGCGCUCAUCCCAAUCUCCACUCAAGACACUGUUGACUGGCGUGCCUUCGCGCAGAUUGCCGCUGGCAACACGGUUGACAGCUCUGAUCAAUGUCGUGCUUGCGCUUCUGUCCCUUGACUUCCUGCUGCGAGGUGUAGUGCUUUACUCUGGGGAUAAUCUUGCUUUCACCCGUGUUGGGUAUGUCUCCCCGACUACAGCGAAUGUCCUGGUACGCGAGCCCGAUCCAGCGCAGCUGCCUUUGGUUCUCUUCUACCAGGAAGCAGAGCAAACGGAUCCCUUGCACUGGGUCGAGGAGGGUAAAAUCUAUGCGCUCGAUGACUCCACGGAUUACACUACCUCUGUGACUAUCAGAGGCUUGAAGCCGUCUUCUGGCUACCGCUACUCUCUGUCGAACAACCAAACCGGAUCCUUCGUCACAGCUCCUCUGCCGGGCACAGAAUCAGCCAACCGGCUGACAUUCUUAACAUCGAGCUGCAUCAAACCGAAUUUCCCGUACAAUCCGCUCUCGCACUCGCUGCGUAUCCCGGGGAUUGAGAAGAUGGCUGAAACUGUCAGCAAACUGCCGUCCCUGCUGCGACCUGCUUUCAUGUUGUUCCUAGGUGACUUCAUCUACAUCGACGUGCCUCAGCGCUUUGGAUCGUCUGUGUGGCAUUACCGUAGCGAGUACCGCAGAAUCUACUCAUCUCCAUCGUGGUCGACCCCCCAUGCCGAUGCGGCCAUCAAUCUUCCCUGGAUUCACACACUCGACGACCACGAAAUCGCCAAUGACUGGUCCAAGGGGAACACCACCGCUCCCUACCCUGCUGCUGUGGACCCCUACGUGCAUUACCAUGUCAGCGUGAACCCUCCCAUCCCACCUCUAGCGUUUGCUCAACCCGAGAACACCACGUACUUCUCGUUCAUCAACGGGCCCGCCUCCUUCUUCAUGCUAGACACCCGCACCUACCGCUCCGAGCCGUCGCAGGUCAACUCGACGAUGCUGGGGUCCGCCCAGCUGCAAUCCCUCCUCGCGUACCUCGCCCGACCCGAGUCGGCCGAAGUCCGCUGGAAAAUCGUCGCGUCGAGCGUCCCAUUCACCAAGAACUGGCACGUCGGCACCGCCGACACCUGGGGCGGGUUCCUGCACGAGCGCCGCACCAUCUUCGAAGCCAUGUGGCGCGCCGAGCGCGAGCUCGGCAUCCGCAUCGUCCUCCUCAGCGGCGACCGCCACGAGUUCGGCGCCACGCGCUUCCCCGACCCAACCCUCGACUUCACCGCCGAGGACAACCGCCCACACACGGCCGGCGAGGGCCUGCACGAAUUCAGCGUCGGCCCGCUCAGCAUGUUCUACCUGCCCAUCCGGACAUACCGGCAGACGGACGCCGAAGACGUCGCGGUCAAGUACAUCCCAGACGGCAACGUCAAGUACGGCCUCAUCCACAUUGACGCCCAGGAUGAAUUCAUCGACACCGUAUCCGGCGAGCCUGUGACAGUGCCGAGCUCUGUCCUGACGUACUCGCUCUACGUCGACGACCAGGUCGUCUGGAAGUACAAGCUCAGCGUCCCCUUGCCUGAGGCCGGUGCGCUCAUGGGGGCUUCCUCCGCGAAGCACCCACUGCUGGCGCCGGGGAAGGUUUUGUUCGAUGGGCGCCAGGGUGAGGGGUGGGAUGCUGCCCUCCAGACGGUGAUCGGGCGGGCGGGCGAGAUAGCAGGCAGGUUUGGGCGGCGACUCGUGGACGAGUUCUAUGAGGUGCUGGAUGUAGCGGAGAGGGCGGAGAGGUUGGAUUGA